GAUCGUUUGGGCCACCCGUCAGCUCCACUUGCUGACCUCCAGUCCUCCACCAUGAAUCGGGGAUUCCCAAUCUCGUGUCCCCGGAGCUCCCUUCCCUCCCAGCGCCGUCGCCUCUUGCCCUCACCGUCUGGCUCGGACGGGGAAGCACGGCUGCGUGGAGGAGGCCUCGAUCUGACGCCCUGUGAUCUCGCCGUCCCGGCCCGACAGGCGGCGGUGGCCACCCCCAUUCUCUGCGGCGGCCUGUCUGCCUCCCAGAUCCGGCCGGCGCUGCCUGUCCACCGCGGCCAGACCAAGAAGACCGACCAUGGGGCGUUUGAAGAGGACGGGAAGCAAAAGGGUGGAAGGAGGAUCAGUCAGACAUGUUGCCCAAAUAAUAUUUAUGUGGUUCUGAUAAAAAGAAGAAAGAGGAAAGGAACAAAUAAGUUAAUUGGAUCUCAUGAUUAUUGUAGACUUGGAGGUUAGUUAGCAUGCCAGUUCUUUUUUCCAAUAUAUGUAUGUAAGUUCUAUGAAAUUUGAUUUAGACUUGAACUAAGACACUUCAU